AUGGGCCAGGUUGCGGAGGACAUUGACGGAGAGUUUCACUUUACUAACAUGUGUGGCACCCCGUUUGGCAUUCUAUACACACGCAAGGAUGAUACUCCUAGUCGCAUCUACCACAUGCUGCACACGAACAGCACUAUGGCUGCUAAUGGCGACCGGUGGGUGUUGACGAACAACCCCAGAAAGCUCGAGCCAGAUGAAUCGAGAGACAUCCUUUGCAUUUUCCCUGGGAACUUUACGCACAUUAUGGACGAUGGAAUUCAACAAGAGCCUCGAAAAAUUUCAGCCACGGUCCCGGGCGUGUGGAAGUUUCUGCCGUCUAACUACUUGCUUACCAUCUCUGAGCGCGACCCAGCUCUUACGGUCCGAUUCAGUGACCUAACGGAGCAUUUGGUCGGUCUGGACAACUGUCAAUCUUCGCUGCCGUCCAUUUUAGUCAGAAUGGACAAUACCGACAUGUACUUUCCUGCCAAGUCGCUUCCUGUACAGUGGGACGCCUCUCUGCAUCCCACCAACACUGGCAACGAACACUGGGUUUCAGUCGCGGACUACGAAGCUAAGGACGCCUUAGCCCUGUUUUCCUCCGCCAUGAACAAGAUCAAGAGAACUUCGCAGCACUCUGACCAGAUUAGCAGUCUGAAUGUCGAGAACAUUCUUCUUGAUGCAACCACCCUGUGUCACAGUUGUUCACCCGAGCCCGCCACGAUCCUUCAUCGCUGGGACGAAAAUGGCAACAUCGAGCGAGUCGAAGACGAGCAGAUGGCUGCACAGGCUGACCAGGAUUUGCAACGGCGACCCGCCCCAUACCAGAUUCAAGCCUGGAUGAACCCAAAUGUUGGAGGCGCCGGUCGUUUAAGUAUCUUGAACUUCAGGGUCCUUUUCAGACCCAUAUCGCUUGCACAUCGAGCCCACGGUCACUUCCCCAAAACCAAGAACCUCAUGUCGACUUUCGUCCGCUCAGCUCAAGGGUUAGGCACAUUCAACGUUCAGUUUGGAUUCUGGGACCCGAGUCUGAAAGAACUGCGGCCAUUCAAGCACAGCAUGAUCCCGGUUAAGGAGGGCGACUUUCCUCUGGACAACGCAAGACAACCCCCAACUUUGCGCGCAAUGGCAUGGCUUUACGACGUGAUCAGUGGGAGGCUGUACAGUGGAUGUUGA